AUGGAGAUCUGUAUCGGAGAUGACAAUUUGCGUCAACAGAGAGAAAGAAUGGAUAAACUGUCAGAGAUCAAGAGGAAACUAAGAGUGUAUCAAUAUCUCGAGAACCUUCGCAAUGAAGUUCUUGUCGACAACUUAUAUAUGACAGAGAAAAAGAUGGAGAGACAACAAGAGGUAUUAUUAGGGGGUGGUGAUCAACGGACAAUGAUCAUGGCAAAGAUCGAAGCAGAACUACUGAAAAGAAUUCUUCCAAGCUACAGAAGUCCCGUGAUGGCUAAAAUUAUCAGCGAAAACAAUCAGAAAAUGAAAAGUGUCCAUGAAGAACUAUCGAACGUUAACCAAAUCAAAUGGAACGCCACAUUGGAUACCCGGGACAUAGAGAAGAGAAAUCAGAUUGUGUUCUCAGUUCUAGUUUACCAAGUGAGAAAUAUAAGGACUAGAAGAUGUCCACAAAUGGCAGGGAAAAUGAUGAAGGAACUUCAAGACCGCCAUUUAGUUCUAAAAAAACUUUAAGAAGAACUGAUGGAAAGGGUAAAGGAAAAAACAAAGAUGCGCCAAAUCAAGAAAAUCGUUGAAGAAGAGUUGCUUAUGGAAACAAAAAGGAAAGAAGAAAUAAGGAGAAGACUAAAAAUGCUCCAAACUGAAUUGAUGAGCUAUCAUCGUGAGAGAGCUGUCGAAGAAGAUACGCACUUUAUUCCAAGGAAGUUAUUCCUGAACAGUGUAGAAACGUUCAAGACCGUCCCAAAGGUUCGAGAUUACACCCAGAGUCACUUAUGA